AGUAUAUGCAAUUGACCAAGCAAGUCUGACUUUCUACGUUCUUUUCUGUCGUGUCCGCAGAUUGCUGUCUGCUCGCCAUCUCCGACAGCCUGGUGGAGAGAGUGCGGUACUACAUCCCGUGGCCCAGCCUCCUCAUCACAGCGCUGGUCGCCAUCCAUCCGCUCCUCCUGUACCACAACAGAUGGUGACAACAACAUUGCAUCAAGCGGGGAGCACAGCAACAGACCGCAGCAUCCUGUCCGUACAACACGGGCCUUUUGUCAGCAUGCUCAGAGGACAGGAACGCGUGAGGCUUUGACUUCACGCGACAGCAGAGGCACCAGCACCGGCAGCGCCACGGCCACCAGAGGAAGCUUCUCGUCCGUCUGUGUCGAGUGGGGAAGAUGGCCGCUAUGAAAAUAUUAACCAGUGGAGGGCUCUUCCUGGCGUUCUGCGCGAUGGGGCUGCUCGCUAUGGCAAUUUGCACCGACUACUGGUACGAGACGGACGCGAGGAGGCACCGAGAGAGGUGUAAAAACUACGCCAACAAGCGCAACGACCCAGGCUACAUCUACAUCUCGAACCACAACCUCCCCCUCCAGAUGCCUCCGAAGAGGAGGGGAGGCGGCCCGGAGGCUGCUCCUCUCUUCAGGGGCAAGCGACACUUUGUGGCCGCAGCCUCCGCGAUGGAGUCCCACUGCAGUCGGCAGUUCAAUUCAACGGUGUCGGGCCUUUGGAGGAAAUGUCAUCGGGAGGGAUUCGACCUUGAAACCGAAGACCUUAUUUACAAAGGAAUAAUUCAAAGAUGUACUCCAGUAAAGUAUCACUACACGUCCUCCAUUCUUCCACGAAAUUUACCCGUCAACAUCUCGAAGACCAUACGGCAGGAUGAAUGGCAUGCACUUCAUCUAAGAAGAAUGACAGCCGGCUUUGUUGGUAUGGCCGUCGCCAUAAUACUUUUUGGCUGGAUAAUUGGAGUGCUGGGUUGCUGCCAACAGCAUGACCUCAUGCAAUAUGUAGCUGGGCUACUCUUUCUCAUGGGAGGAACAUGCUGCAUCAUCUCCUUGUGCACAUGCGUGGCUGGAAUCAACUUUGAGUUAUCCCGCUACCCUCGCAACAUGUACGGCCUUCCGGAGGACAUUAGCCAUGGCUAUGGCUGGUCCAUGUUUUGUGCCUGGGGCGGCCUCGGCCUUACUCUGCUGGCUGGGUUCCUCUGCACCUUGGCCCCCUCCCUCAGCACGCCGGCCCGCACGGCGACCCAUAAGCCGAGGCACGAGAAUGGAACCGUGUGACAAGGCCGGGGCGACUCACCGCCGAGCGCACGAACUACACUCUUCAAAACGUGGAUGUGAGCAUCUACAACCGUUUUUGUCUCAUCACCGUCUCACCGCGCACUCAACAUCGCCAUCCCUCUCAGUGUUCAUUGUGCCUGAGUUGUGAUUGCACACUUUCUGGAACAACGAACCCACAGACUUGAAAAACAAGGACCUCCACAGGGACACCCAGAGUGCAACCUAACGUCUUUGGCGAUCAUAGCACAAGGUUUUUUUGAUGUUGUCUCUUUGGACUUGCUGACUUUAUGGCAAUCUGAAGGUGACUGUUUUACAAUGGUGCUCUCCUAAAUCCAUUUGCUACACGUACACACACUCCUACGGGCGCACACGGGCCCAUGCAGACAGACACCAGCUUUUCCACACACUCAUUUUCUGCUGAUGAAUCAUGGGAGAAAUCAUCCAAACAGAGCAAAUCACAUCAAAUGAGGCCAGAAACAUCCCGUCAGCCUUGCUCUUUUCAGUUGAGUGAAGUGCGCUGUUAUCAUUUGCGAUGGGGUGGCGGGG